UUGUACAUCCAUGUUUAUACACGUGUUAGAGUUUAAAACGAUGUAAAAUAAUUUAUUUGUCAUUUUUCUGACAGUACUGGCUUACCAAAUAAACGAAUAAGUAUCCAAUAAACAAUUACCUGGUUACGUAGUGAAGAAACUAUGCAAGUUGUGGUUGGGGGUGUUUUUGUUAUGAAGAAUAUGUGUUUCGUGUUAUGAAAUUGAAAGUCGAAGAAGAACGUGAUGCUAUUGUUAGUGUACGGGUCUAGACUUAUUCGUAAGCCAUGGUUUGGAAUAUUGCACAAGAUUCUUACAAGUUCAAUUUUAAGAACACAGGAAACACAUUAUUCCAAAUCCUGUAUCUUUCAAAAACGAAUUAGUCUUAGUAAUGUAUUUAGUAAGAGUUAUUAUACAAUUUACAGCAACUCUGAUAGGCCUAAGUCCUUGAUGUUAAGCAGGUUAGUUUUACCGAUGGCAAUACCUGGAGUUGUGCCCUUGCUUCGAAAACGGGAGGUAAGGAUAAAGGUAAUUUGUGCAACAUGCCGAUGGAGGACUUCAUUGUGUUCUAGUUGGGUUCAGUGGAGUAAGGUGGGAAAGCUUGGGGAUUCUUGCAGGAGACUGAGUACUGGGAGUGAUCUUCCAAAAGGAAAGAAAUCAACAGGGAAAGGGAAAGGACCCAUCACGUGGAAAAGUCUUUUGGUGACCUUUGGUAUUGGAGGGAUGUUUUUAAUGGGAAUGCAGUAUGUAAAAAAUGAAAAAGAACUGGCAAUUGCCAAAGAACGGAAGAAAGCAUUAGGGAAGGCUUCCAUUGGAGGAAGUUUUGACUUAAUUGAUUCAAAAGGUCAGCCUUGCUCUAGUCAAGACUUCCAUGGUCAGUGGGUUCUACUUUAUUUUGGCUUUACACACUGUCCAGACAUAUGUCCAGAUGAAAUUGAGAAGAUGGUUCAAGUUGUGGAAGUUUUAGAAAAGCAAGAAAACGCGUCCAAGAUUGUACCAGUUUUCAUCACAGUUGACCCUGAGAGAGAUAAUGUAGAAGCUGUCGCUUCGUAUACAAAAGAAUUUUCACCCAAGUUGAUUGGAUUAACUGGGAGUAAGGAACAAAUUCAGAAGGCUACUAGAGCAUUCCGAGUCUACUUUAGUGCAGGUCCAAGAGAUGAUGACGAUGAUUACAUUGUCGAUCACACCAUCAUCAUUUAUCUGAUUGACCCAGAGGGUCAGUUUGUUGAUUACUAUGGACAGAAUAGAACAGCAGAAGAAAUUGCUAGUAGUAUCCAGUUGAACAUGGCAAAGUAUCAGAAGAUGAAUAAGAAGAGUUGGUUUUGAGGGUUUGGUAGUUUUAAAAUAUAUAUGUGUAAACAACACACAAAAGUUUAUUAAAAGAUUUUUUGAUUAAAAAAGACUGGAAACAAUUUUUUUUUAAUUUAUGUAACUUUUUGUAUCCUGUAACUUUUUCAUUUACUGAUGAUGGAGUUGUUUUAAACUUUGUGGGGUUUUUGAUCAAAGGAAAGUCGCAUACAAUUAUGUUAUACAACUAUCUUUAAAAGUUGAAUCUGAUGAUGCAUGUAAGAUUGUCUUUAUGAAACAGUUGUAAAGGUUUCUUUUUGGAUAUAGAAACGUGGCUGGACUUGAACUAGCUUGAAAGAUGAAUAAUAUAGAUAUUACAGGUUCACAUUUCCUCUUGAAUAUUCAGAAGUUUUGGUAAAUAUAUGUUUAUUUUCUCUUCAGACAAAAAAAGGAAUUUUAUCACGUUGUAGAUGUGGUUUAAUGUAUUUAAACAUUGAAAUCUGGAAAGGAACAACAGUAACAUAGUAUGGGCUUACAUCAUGUUAGAACCAUUUUAAAGUAAUUUUAAUUUUUUGUAAACCUGUAUGAUAUUUCUGGCUACAAAAUAAAAAGGUUAUUUUAUUGCA